AUGGAGUUAUUAAAGAAGACAUAUUGUGAAGUGAUUGAUGUUGUUGGUGAUUCCCCCGUGUUUACGUAUCACAUACAAGAAGAAAAAUGGAUACCAAAGCCAAAGGAGGAGGAAAAUGCUUGUCUUGAAAGUACCGAUCUUGAAAGUACUCCUGAAAAUGCUUGUCUUGAAAGUAAUGUUCUUGAAAGUAUUCCUGAAACUCCAUCUGAAGAUGAAAAAGAAAAAAUUAUGGUAAGAGUUAUCUACAAGGUGUCAUUUCAAAAAGAUGAUUGUAAAUUUGAGUGUAGUUAUCAUAAUUUUAAGUUUCGGGGUAUUGUAUGCAGGCAUGUGAUUAUGGUGUUACAUUGUAAUGAUAUAUUUGUGCUUCCAGAAAAAUACCUUUUACAAAGAUGGCGAAAAGAUGUGAAACGAUUACACACAGAUAUGCAAUACAGUUCUGAUGCUUGGAAAUUAACUCCCAAACAGAAGCGAUACAAUGAGUUAUUCAAUUCCUUUGUUGUGCUUGCAGAUGCAGCGUCUUCAAAUGAUGUCAAGUUUGCAGAUAUUAAGAAAUGGAUACAAGCGCAAUUGAAGGUCAGUAAUUUCAAUGAGGAGUCUACUUGCAAGUUGAAUGCCACUGUGGAAAAUACUAACUCUCCACCGAUUGAAAGUAAAAAUAUCCCUAAUCCACCCGCAGCACCAAAAAAAGGUCGUCCUAAAGAAAACACACCUAAAGCUAAAGUGUAUACUAAAAACCAAGAAAAGAAAAAGAAAAUGCAGAGGUAA